AUGGACAGAGCGAUGGCUAGUGUGCCAAAAGUUCCAGUUACCUCCAUUUUGGGACUUGUGCCUCCUUUUAUAUGUCUUGAUGUGGGACUAUUGACAUUUGCUGUGACGUGUCCAAAGGGUGAAUUUGCCCUAACUUUGCCAUCGGCAACCAAGGGUACCGAGUCCUCAUGCAGAUGCCUUCCUUGUCCACGCGUCCUGUUCUCAUUCGCUAUUGAUUCUUAUAUAAACAAGAGUAUUGAUAGGUAUGAAUGGGGAACCUUUUUCGAACUUAGGUUUCACCUGACCAAGGCCCUUCAGGUCGAAAGCAAAUGGCGCAUAAUGGAAAGGAUAAAACCUGAUAGGAUAUUACAGUGA